GCCAUUUUACAGAAGGUGAAGAUCAAUUCGAUCUGUUAGGAUAUUAUUUCUUGGCGGCAAACUUGGAGAUAUGAUGAUAUGUGAGCAUAAGAUUUUCCUUCAUUGGAAUCUCUCUGAAAACCUAAUGGAUAGGUCUACAAAUAGACCCCCUCAACCAACAUCUGAAGACAACUAUUAGCAACUCAUCACAAACUAGAAGCGAUCAGUAGCAUGAGGGUCAGAAUAGCGUCAUAGGAACCAUUUCCCUUGUAAGACUGACAUUUCACAUAAUUAAGGUAUCUCGUCUUCUAGACAAAUCUAUAUAUUAGAUUUUGUCCCUCUAAGAGGGUGUGUAUGCAAGCGAAGCCUAUAAGUUCCUUAGACCAUUUCUUGUGUUAUAUAUAUUGAUGGUUUGAGUUUACCUUUCUAGAUUUGUUGCACUUAGAAUAUCAUCAUAUCUAUGUUUAUAUUGGGUGGAUUGUAACAAGAAAUCGCUUAUGAUUGUUGCACAUCAACCGCACUGCACAUCUUCCAACAACUGUGACAAGAAUAUAUGAUUAGUUGGCUAGACCGCGUGGCUUCCUAAUCCAUCUCCAAGGAUACAUCCAAGGCAUAUGGUAGGGCAGAGAAGCAUAGUGAGUGGAGGAAUCCUUGUGAAUUCCCGCAAUUUCGUAUUUGUAAGUCGCCUAUCGUUCUAAACCGUGUUUAAGGAAACUCUAGGAGGAGCUUGCUUAUGCAAUGCCUUCCUUUACUACUUUCCCACGUCUAGUUUGAUUUUUAUUUUGUUUUCGGCACCUUAAAAUUUGAAAAGCAAAUCGAGGGGAACCUCAACCCCAAAUCCAGUUUCAAUCAAAGAACGAAAUCCCUACUAACUAAGCAGUUGAAUUUAAAAGGCCCUAAGGAAAUACGAUCAUGGAACCUAGGGGUGGGCAUUGGUGCGGUCCAAACCGCUCCGCCCGCUCCAAAUCGCUUAUGCGGUCAAUCCAAACCGCACCAUUAAGAUUGCGGUUUUAUUUGCGGUCUAAUCCUAAGCGGUUUGCGGUUUUGUGGUACGGGUCGACCGAAACUGCACGGUUGCGGUUCAAAACCGCAAACCACUAAAUCUAAAUCCCUACCCAGCUCAGCGAGGGAUUCACCACAAAACUGCACUGUUGCGGCGGCGCCAUCGACUACCUACCCGACGAUUCCUCCCUCUCGAAUACCUACCCCAAGAUUCCUCCAUCCCGCCGAUCUAUCCGUGCCUCUCGACAUCCCCCCGAUCUAUCCGUGCCUCUCGACGUCGAUCUAUCUUGCGAGGGUACUCCCGACAUCCCGCCGAACCUGUUUUACUCUCUUUACCGAACGCCGACGAUUCCUCUGGUACUCUCUUUCUCCCUCCUCUUUUCCUUAAUCGGUCUCACACUCUCACUGACGGACCCGCCGAACCCUUUGCCCCUUCGUGGGUUUCCUACUAGGCUUCGUGGGUUUCCAUCUAUGGAGGCCAUUUUCAUUCAAACAGAGAGAUGGUCUCCCAUUCAAAACCGACAUGAAAUAAAUCUUGAAUGGGUCAGGUUCAGGAUUCAUGGCGGGAUCUGCUCUGCUCUGCUUCAUGGACUUAAAUGGUUGAUACUGUACACUCUGCAUUCAUGGCUGCUUGAUGACAUGAUUAAUCCACGUAUAUUAUCUCCAGGGUACUUAGUUCUAAUUAGAGUCGUAAAACAUCAAAAACCAGUUAAACCCAUAUGAUAAUCUGCAGAGCUAUUUCCUUCAUUAGUAUUCUGAUGCUGAUGCCCUUUCGGAUUUAUGAUGCUAGCUAGCUGCUGCUGCAAGUCCACAUAUGUGGGACUUAUGUUCCCUGCUGAUGCCAUCGCAAGGGCUAAACAUUACCUUUCCUUGACCUCUGGUGGUUUAAGUGCACUGUCACAGCGAGGGUAAAGAUCCAUGUUUCUAACUGUUUUCUUUCAAAUUCGAUAUCAAGCAGUUGGGAAAAAUAAGAUAUUAUCUGCAAAAUGAAAUCAAAAAGCUCGCAGGGAAAACGAGCUCAAGCAUCGGUAUCUAGUGAGGUGAGUUUCUUGACUAUGGUUACAUUCUUAAGCGGGAUUUGAUGUGUGUGUGUGUGUGUGUUUACUUAUGUGGUCCGUUGCCACCUGGUUUGCUUGCUUUGUUAGCUGUCCUGGUUUAUGCUGGUUUUGUGAAUUGACUAGUUGUAGUAGCACCUUGGAUGACCUGCCAAAGAGAAAACAUUGAUCACAUCAGAAUGAUACGCUUAAGAAUAUAACCAUCAGUCAAGCAAAAGCAGAGAAUUUCCCCAUGCAGAUUGUGCUACUAAUCUUGCUGGGAUUCCAUAGGUUCAAAGGAUUCCAUCCUUCUUUAGGGCUUUGAUCUCGCCUAGUGACGCCUACUCCAUAAUAAGUGAGAAAUUGUAGUUUUUUCACAGUUCAUUGGGAAUAAAUGCAUGAACACCCCACGUCAAUGACUUUGAGCAAUGAUAUUGAGAACUGGUUUGUGGUUCUAAUAGUUUUCCAUUGCAUGACUUCGAGCUGCAAUUGGCUUCUUUAUUGUGAGGAAACUUAAUUACAUAGGUCUGCUGGUUUGUGGUGUUUGUUUUCAAUACUUGCUACUCAUAGUUUUGUGACUACAAAUGUUCAUGAUAUUUGCUGUUUCAUUAUUAGGUUGAAUAUGAUGAUGUUGCAAUGGAGUCUUUAAGUGGGGAAGAUAUGGAAGUCGAAGUGGAUGCAAGUACAAGUAGUGUGGGUGCUGCUGAUAUUGGUUCAACUGCAACUCAAAUUAAGUCACCGAAUGGAGGCCCUUAUUUGUAGGAGUACUGAAUGAUUUUAGGAGUUCUUUGACUCCUAAGAUUGUGGAGGCCCUUAUUUGUACUCAGGAUUGGCUCCGCGCAGACUCUAGUCCAUGUGUAGUUGAAGAAGAUUCAGAGGAGAUCGACAAUAUUGAUGAAGGUAAGCUUUCUUAGAAUAAAAAUGCUAUUAGUUUUGUUUAAUGCUCAAGUUGAUGGUGACAUUUUAUGAAUUUCAGAGUUGAGCAUGGUGUUGAAGGCUAUUAACAUCUCUGGUGUUCCACUUCCUUUUAUCAAUACCCCUCGUACGAGUCCUAUUAUACAGAAAAACGCAAACACGUCAGGUAAUUGAUCUAAUAAUCGUAUUCAUUCUCUUUUUUGUGGGUUGUUUUGCUAAGAAGAAAGCACAGCUACUUAGUUAAAGUUCUUUUGACUAUGUUGAUGAGCCAGACUAUGUUGAUUAGCUGCUGCUAUCUGGAAGCGAGGCUUGGAGGGGAACACGAAAACAGUAGAUUCCAAUGCAGCUGAAUAUCUAACUGAAUUCACAGUGACCCAAAGCAGUUGUCGUCUUCCUGAAGUUAUGGUUUUUAAUUAUAGUUUGUAGUUUUGCUGGAGGAUUCGGCCUUGUUUUAGCUACCAUUUAGAGCUCAAGUUUAUGGUGUUGGAACUUUGGAAUGGUAAUGGACCUGUUAUCAGAUCUACUUUAGUGGGUCUGCAAAAAAAAAAUUAUGCUCUGUUUUUGGAAUGCUCUGUUUUCUGUUUUGAGAAUAAGAUGGACCCAAAGCAGUUGUCGUCUGUGUUCUGCAGCCUUAUGCUUGAAGUUAGAGGAUUUAUACAGGCUUUAAUUAGUGUAAUUUGAGAACCAAGUGUCUUCAUGCCAGUUACUUUUUAUGAGAUUGUACCAGUUCAUAUUUUUCCAUUCCUCUGUUUGUAGUGUACUUUCCAUCAAUCUGUUUCUACUGCAACUCAUUUACAUCUUUGGCAGCCCAUAUUUGGGCAGAAAUGGACUGAACUCUACUGCAACCCAUAUUUGGCAGCAAAGAGAGUAAAUUUCUUCCCGAUUCAAACAGAACACAUGGAUUUGUGAGCAUUUGCAGAUGCAGGUGGUUCUGUUUGUCAAAUUUUUUUUUUUUUUUUCAUUUUCGGUUACAAUCACAGCAGUAAUCGCCAGCUGCCUGUCAUUUACAUCUUAAAUUAACCACUAAGAUUAAACUGGUCAAUUCUGAAAAGUUUUAAUUAACGAAUGAGAACUACUAAUUAGCCACUAAGACUGCGACAUUUACAUCCUUAAUUACUUCUUCAUCGUCAUUCCUCAACAGUGGAACAACAGUCCCCAUCAGUAUGAAUUGCGGUCAAAUAUGCGGUGCGGGCUAAACCGUACCAAACCGCUAACCUAUGCGGUUUGGUUUGAUCGCACCGAUUAUAUUGCGGUCCAAUAUGCUGUGCGGUCCAAUUAAUAUGCGGUGCGGUGCGGUUUGUAUCAAAGCGGUGCGGUGCGAACCGCACCAAUGCCCACCCCUAAUGGAACCUACCAAGUAAAUUGACCUCUGUUCUACAUUAGAUCAAAUUUUGGCACCGUUGUUGGGUACUCUCACGAUCUUUUGGAAACUUUUAUCGUUUCUUUGCUUUGUUUAAAGUCACUUUAUUUUUCGUCAUUUUUUGUUUAUGUUCGCUUCUAUUUUUGUAUUUUUAUGUUUGAAUUGUCUGUAGUCAGAGUCAGCGUCUAAGCUAAAUUUAGGAGGUGCAAAAUUGGCAGUUCUGACACAAUUUUGACGGGAGCUCAUUGCAUGAAAACAGCGAAAGAGGUGCCUCAUGACAUGUAAAUUUUACUAUUUUAACCCCCCUAUUUAAUGACAUAUUUUGUAUUGUUUUUCGUGUCUUUAUUUCCGUAAUAGAAUGGAAUUGCCUGAUAAUUGCUCCAAGGUGUGUGUAGUAGCUCGUAGGACUACUUUUACUAUCUUUAUUUCCUUUGUGUGGUUUUCCAUGUGUUUUCCUGUCCAAGUAUCACAAUGGAGCACCUUGUACGAGUGAGAUACUUCGAGGCCUAAGUAUUAGAAGUAAAAAUAAAUAAAAAUUAGAGCUCAAGUCCAAAAUGAUGCCGAAACUAGUCAAUCAAAUUCCAAAAUGCCCCUCGGGUGGCAUUUCUCCGAGGACCCAGAUCAAACCAAAAUGGCAACUUGUAGUUGACUUCCCUGUCAUUGGAUCUCUUCUUUUUGUGAAAGAUCCUUUAUCUUUUCUUUAUAGCUCAUUUGGUCCUCCAGAGUUCUUCAAUGUGUGAUUCAAUUAUCCUUAGGUUGCUUUGUACCUUCAAAACAAUCAUAAAUAUACCAACAAGGCAUCAAAUAGUACAAGAACACAUCCUAGGUCUAUUAAAAGCUCAUUGAUCAAAUAGUUGUGAUUUAGACAAGAAAUAUCAUUGAAAUGACUAAAUAUGCAUUUAUAGAAGGGGAAAAAAGAGUGAUAAUGGAUUUCUUCUUAGCGCCGUGAUCGAUCGAGGAUUGGAGGGCUUGGCUAGAUGUGACAGUUAAAGUGGCCAUAUCCGGAGCGGUGAUCCUAGAGUUGAGCUUUCAGGUUGAGAGCAAAAAGUAGAGCUGAUUGGGGAGUAAUAGCACAGGAGCGCAAUGGGCUCGUCGUAAUAGAGGAAAUCAAAGUUGUAGAGGAAGGAAGGGGACUACAGAACUUGAGAUUCGGAGGCUGGAGGAGCGUACUCGCAAAGAUCUCCUUUGAGGUAGACGACUUUAGCGUAGGAGGGAGAGAAGUAGAGGAGAAUGAGAAACAUGCUCCCGUUUGGCGGCGGCAGUAAUUGAUUCAUAAUGGGGUUAAAUUUGGGUAUAAUAAACAAUAAGAACUUGAGGAGGGGGGGAGGUCGCUUGUGGAGGGUAAGGAUGAGAUUUAAUAUAAAUGUAAGAGACAUAAAUGGAGAGAAAAAAUAUGAGUGAGGAAUUUUGAAAUAGUUGAUCCCCAUUAGCUAUUUCACAAACCUACAUAUGAUUGUUAUAAUUAAAACCUACGAUCUUGUUUCCAAACGACCCUCCAGAGUGAAAAACCUUUUUAAGAAUUUCUUCGGUGGAUCAAUUCUACCCUCGCUAACCACGAAUACGUCACAUGAUAGUUGGUUAACUCGUCUUUUAACCAUAACGCUAGAUGUUUAGUAAUUCAGCUUAUUUCAUUACCAACUAUUUAUCGCUUCUCAUGACAAUUCAUAACAAGUGGAUUACAACAUAUGUCAUUAUUGAACUAAUUCAAUACUAUAACCAUGAAGAAGAUAUGGGGAAAAAAUCCCAAAAUACUCUAAUUAUUAAAAAAAUUUCCCAAAAUACAGUACUUAUAAAAUUAUUUCCCAAAAUACAGCAGUUUGGUUAUCACCGCUGCAAACCAAAACAAUGAUUGCAAUCACCGUUUUAGACCAAAUCGGUGAUAGCAUCACCGUUUUGGUCAAAAACGGUGAUAGCAUCAUCGCUUUCUUCCAAAACGGUGAUGCAAUCACCGUUUUGAACCAAAACGGUGAUAGCAUCAUCGCUUUCUUCCAAAACGGUGAUACUCGACCUUAUCAUCGCUGAUGUGUAAAGCGAUCAUAUCAUCGCCAUGGAGCAAAACGGUGAUAAUUGACACGUUUUAGCGCCCUGUUAGGUGGAAAUUAGGUCACAGCUACCAAGCAAUCACCGCUGAGGACAAGGGCGGUGAACACAUCACUGUUUUUGUCAAAAGCGGUGAUUGCUAAAAAAAUUUUCUAUAAAUA